UUUCUACUCUUUAUCUUGUCACAUUCAGUUCCAUGGAAACUGGCAGAGCCAGAUGGAUUUCAGACAACUAAAACAUACGUGGGGAAAGAAGCAGACCUUCCUUAAAAAUACAAACCCUUCUUUUCCCUUUUGCGGCCAUCACCAAAGCAGGAGCGGCCAAAAUGAAGUUCAAUCCUUUUGUGACUUCCAACCGAGGCAAGAAACGCAAAAGGCAUUUCAAUGCAACUUCCAACAUUAGCAGGAAGAUUAUGUCUUCCCCUCUUUCCAAAGAGCUGAGAGAGAAGUACAAUGUGGUAUCCAUGCCCAUCCGAAAGUUUGAUGAAGGUCAGGUUGUAUGAGGACACUACAAAGGUCAGCAAAUUGGCAAAGUAGUCCAGGCUUACAGGAAGAAAUAUGUCAUCUACAUUGAAUGGGUGCAGUGGGAAAAGGCUAAUGGCACAACUAUCCAUGUAGACAUUCACCACAGCAAGGUGGUUCUCACUAGGCUAAAACUGGUCAAAGACGGCAAAAAGAUUCCUGAACAGAAAGCCAAAUCUCGCCAAGUAGGAAAGGAAAAGGGCAAAUACAGGGAAGAAACAAUUGAGAAGAGGCAGGAAUAGAGUAAUCUUAUAUACAAGCUUUGAUAAAAACUUGAAAUAA